GCGGGAGGGCUGAGCUUGGCCUGGGCUUGAGACGGGACGGGACGGGAAUGGAGCGGUGGGCCGGGUCGGUCUGGGGUUCCCUGUGGGGGGCCGGCUGGGGCCGCUGGCCGGGCUGGGAGCUGUUGGCCGCCUGCGCGGUGAUCGGCGUGGUAGGCUGGCUGCUCCGCUUGCUGGACAGGAGGCCGGGCGGCCGGAGGGCUCUGGGGCCGCUCCCCUCGCAACCCCCGCUGCCCGGGGGGAGCCGGCGCUGCAGUGGGAGCCGCCCAGGUGAAAUAACAAUGGAUACUAUAUUGUCUCGACUGAAGAAGCUAGCGCCUGAUGAUCUUAGAGAAGAAAUUGUGAAAGCUGGACUGAAGUGUGGACCUAUUACCUCAACCACCAGGUUUAUUUUUGAAAAAAAAUUGGCUCAGUUUUUGUUGGAACAACAGGGAGGGUUGGAGAUCAAUGCAUCCACUGUUUCAAAGAAAUCUUCUGAAAACAGUGCAUUUGAUAGUAGCCAGUCAGAAAUACAAAGAGCUUUGAAAUCUACUGCAGUGAACCACAAGAGUCAUAUAAACGUCUCUGAAGAGGGAGACUUUGGGUACAAUAUGGGCCUGAAUCCCCCAGAAGAGGAAGCUGUAAUGCACAAGACCUGUUCUGCAUCAGUCUGUGGAGCAGUAGAUGUUGAUUCACAAAUAAAUGCUCAGACACCAUCUAGAGAUCCUCCUCUAUACUAUGGCGUAUGUCCCGUUUAUGAUGACAUAUUGGCAAGAAAUGAAAAAGUGCAUGUUUAUGAUGAUAGAAAGGAAGCUCUGCAAGCUGUUAAAAUGAUUAAGGGCUCCCGAUUUAAAGCUUUCUCCAACAGAGAAGAUGCUGAGAAAUUUGCAAAAGGAAUAUGUGAUUACUUCCCAUCUCCAAGCAAAUCAUCCUUAUCUUUAUCUCCAGUGAAAAUAGGACCAUUAUUUAACAGAGAUGGCUUAUGCUCCCCUGAGACAGAAACAGUUAAUAAAGAAAGAGCCAACAGUUAUAAAAGUCCCCGUACCCAGGACCUUACUGCCAAACUUCGGAAAGCUGUAGAGAAAGGAGAUGAAGCAACAUUUUCAGAACUUAUCUGGAGUAACCCACGCUAUCUGAUUGGAUCUGGAGACAACCCAACAGUUGUACAAGAAGGGUGUAGGUACAAUGUCAUGCAUGUUGCUGCCAAGGAGAAUCAAGCUGGCAUCAGCCAGUUGCUGUUAGACACUUUGGAAAAUCCUGAAUUUAUGCGGCUCAUGUAUCCAGACGAUGAUGAAGUAAUGUUGCAGGAGCGCAUUAGAUAUAUAGUUGACCUUUACCUUAAUACACCGGAUAAAAUGGUAUUUGAUACUCCAUUGCAUUUUGCAUGCAAGUUUGGGAAUCUGGAUGUGGUUAAUGUGCUUACCUCGCACCCAGACAUUGUAAAAAAUCCAAGGAACAAGUAUGGUCAAACUCCAGCAGAAGUAAUCUGUGAAAGAAACAAAAAUAAAUCGAUGGAACUGAAAGAGAAAAUAAGAGAAUAUUUGAAAGGUCGAUAUUAUGUGCCACUCUUGCGAGCAGAAGGCAAUUCCUCAGCUCCAGUGAUUGGUGCACCUUGGUCACCUGAUCAGUCAGAUGAUAACCCCCUUACAGCUUUACCUAAACACAGUGGCAGCCCCAAAGAUCCAGUUUUGUCAGUGAGAGCUUUUGCAGGCCCAAUGACCCCCUCCAAGGCAGAAGAAUUUCGCAGGCUUUGGAAAACUCCACCUAGAGAGAGAGCAGGCUUCUUUCACAAUGUCAGGAAAUCCGAUCCAGAAAGAGGAGUUGAAAGAGUUGGAAGGGAGUUAGCUCAUGAGCAGGGGUUCCCGUGGGUUGAAUACUGGGAAUUUCUGGGCUGUUUUGUUGAUCUGUCUUCCCAGGAGGGGUUGCAAAAAUUAGAAGAAUACCUGAGUCAACGGGAAAUGAGCGAAAAGGCUCAGCAAGAAACAGGAGAAAAUGAAACCUGCAACAGAUAUAAAACUCCACAUCCUUCUGGCAAAAGUAAAAAAUGCUGCAAUUCAAUUUCUGUUGGAGCAUUUUUAGAUGAAGAUGAUGAUGACAUGAGCUUAGAAGAAAUUAAAAACAGACAGAAUGCAGCACGGAAUAACAGCCCACCUGUUGUGUCUAAAGAAUCGAGUAUAGAUGCUAUUGGAGAUUCGGAGUGUGACAUUCUGUCGAUGGAGCACAAAGUAAACAUUAUAGAAACAUCGGACCUCUCCAUGCAUUACGAGAAGGAGGUUUCAUCCAGCAAAAAUGGAUUUUGCAGCCCUGUAACUAAUGAGAGGAUAACUAGUGACAGAAAACAUUCACGUGGUGGAGAGGAGUGCCUUAUAUCCCCAGUCUCCAAUUUAAUGGCGGAAUUUGAAAGACUGUCUUUCCAAGGCCAAGCAGUGGCAGGGGAAUGUUUGGUGGCGAAAUCAAACAAAAUCACUGCAAAAACUGAGAACGAGAGAAGUUUGGCUGAAGGAAUGAGCCCGGUCAGAAUAUCAAAGGACCAGCUGGGUAAAACCUGCUCAGCACUUUCUGUGGCAAGCUGUUCAGAGCCAGCUACUACUGAAAAGCCUGGAGAUACAAAAUUAAGGACAGAAAACAAAAUACCCUCAGAAGCUGAAAGACUGUCAUUGGACCCUGGUAUUUGGGACAAAGAGACACAGCAGCUUGGCGGUCUUGCAGUGCAAUCUGAGUGUGCUGCUUAUUUGUGUCAAGAGCCCUCUUCUCAGAGAUUUCUUUUGAAGACUCCACCAAGAAAUGAAAAUACAAAGAAGUUAUUCCUCUUUGGGGAACAACCAUCAAAGCUGGAUAGUGAUGUCUUAGCAGCUGUAGAAGGAGUAGAUAUUGACCCACAGAAAUACCCCAUUACUUACAAAUGGAAGAAUGCUGUACAGUCCUACUCUUCUUCUGACAGGCAAAGUUGGCCAAGUCCAGCAUUGAAAGGAAGGUUCAAGUCCCAGUCUCCUGCAGCAGGCCCACCAAAUGGUUCAACGUACUCUAGUCCAAGAAGAAAUAGUCCAGUGAUGGGCAGCCCAGGGAAAUAUGGCAAUGUUGCUUCAUUUUUUCCGGAUCUUGGGAGUCCUGGGCGGUACAGUCCAGCAUAUGCCAACAAUAUACUGUUGUUAAAACUGCAUCACUUGUCAAAACCUCCUUCCCAUUAGAACAUAACUCAUCUUUCUGGGACUUUAAUUAUAUUUUCAUUUUAAGAGUGGAGGGGGGAAAUUGUAGCAUUGCUAAAGUGACAUGAGGAAGUGUCUUUGGCUAUUUAUUUAUCCUCAUUUGAGGACAAAUAUACAUUUUAAAAAUUAAAUAUGUCUUUACUUCAUGUACCAGAUAGAUUACUGGUGAUUUGCAAGAAGUUAGUGAAGUUCUCUUAUCCAGUAGUUAUACAAUAAAUAACCCUUAUUCUUGUUAACUAUAGAGCAAUGAUCUGAACCUUUCACUGAGUGAUUCCUGCUAGAAAUGGUAGUGUUUACUGUAGGCAAAUGUGAUAGUCAAAAUGAACCCCCAGAUGCAUUUUUUUCACCUACAUAACUUUGAAGCAUCUUAUCAAUAAACAGAAUUCUAGCUUAGAGGGAACUCAUGGAAGGAGUCAAAUGCAUUCAAAUUUAAUUUACAACAGAAAAAAUUCAAAUUGAAGAACUGAAAGUUUAAGCUGGGUGGUUCCCUCUUCCCUGUUCCAGUAAGAAUUUGACUCCCCACUGCCCAAUAAACAGUUCAGUCUAAACAGUAAGAAAUUGAAAUGAAGAGCAGCCAGAGACUCUGAUGGGUCACUUCGCAUUCUGAGGAUAACAACAACACAUCACAGGUUCAGAGUUUUAGGAAAAGGGCACUAUAGAAAUUAGUGAUCUAUGUUUGGGUUAGUUUGAAGAUAAAAGCUCAGCUUUUUUCCCCCCAAAGCUUUUGCCAUUUGCAGACUUCACUAGUAAUUACACAAAAGCACAUCAGCAAUAAUUUAAGUAAGUUUACCAGUGAUGUAUGUUAAUGGUCCAGUUUAAUGUGAUAUAUUAUGGAGAUAAACAGAAACCCAUGAAGAGGUUUCUUAUUUCCUAAAUGUUAGAAGGGAUGAAUAAGGACUGAGACAUUGUUUUUAUUGAAAUACAAAUUCUUACUGGCUGUAGUCUAGAUAUAGUAACUACCUUUUUGUUAGCUACAAUUAAAAAAUAAUUUAAUUUCUCAGUAUUCUUUAAGGAUGAACCCUUUGGAUACUGUGCUAUAUGGAAAUUGGAAAUGUUUCUAAAUUUGAAACAGAACACACACACACACACUGUAGAUUUGGAUAGUUGUGUUUUUUGCUUAAGAAAAGGCUUUCAGUAGUGUAAUUCCCUAUCACAGAAUUAAAAAUAAUCUUUGAUAGACAUCUGAUCAAAGGUGCCCCAGGCAUGGGAGUAGAAAGGAUCAAUUAUUCUGGUUGAUAACACUACGACCCCCCCCCCCCCAGUGCAAGGAAAAAAUAGAAUCUCAAGGAGCUUUUGUAACAUGCAUAUGUAUCUAAAGGAACCCUAAUAGUAGAUGAGAUGUCAGUAUAUUGUUAUCCAACUGUGGGACCUUUAUUACAUUACAGAGGCUGGAUUAAAAUUAUACAAGAUAUGGCUGUUUCGGUAGCUAUUGCACACUAGAGUAAAAUGACUUUCAUACACACACUGUAUACUUCUGAAUAUAUUCAUUGUUUGUUACAAACUUCAAAACUGCACUUAAUAGUGCCUUUUGUAACAUUUUUAAAUUAGCGUUUUUGUUUGUGGUUUUAAAAGUGGCAUCCACUUACAUGGGAAUGGAAAAGUAUUCUAAAGGGUCUUUCUGUAGCUUAUUGUUGUGAUGGAACUGUGUUUAUAGAUGGUUUAAAUGGAAAUUAUUAAUUGAUUCCCAUGAACUGAAUGUUAGAAAUGAGCCACUACCUUCUAAUUGACCCUCAUUCAAGUAUAAUCCACCCAAGUUGCUUUAUUGUGGGAUUCUCCUCCAAAAAAACCUACUGUAGUAGUAGUAACUUUUCCAGUUGCUAUUAAUCUUUGUUGCUGUAGGGGUCUGUAUCAAACAUACAUUUCCGUUGCUUUAACUUCUAAAAUAUUAAAAAUCAAUUUCCCUACCCUUUCUGGACUGGUGUGUAGUAAUUAUCCAGUCUGUCCAGCUAAUUGCUUAAAUAUUAUACACACAAAUCACCUGUGUGUAAAAGCUGAAAACACUUCACAAGUUACUUGUACUGGUGUUAAAAUAAACACCGAUUACUGCAUAUAUUUUUUUCCAGUACUUCCAACAUCUGUGCCUGUCCGAGGCAGCUAUGGGCCUCCACCUAAUGGGAAUUUCCAUCUCAUCUCUGAUAUAGGCUCUACAUUUCUGUUUAGAAAUAGCUUAAGAAAAACUUUGGUAAAACAAAAUCAGGAGAUUGAGCAACUGAUACUUUAGUACUAGUUUCUGUCUUUUUCUUUUACACUUGUUAGAUGCUUUUUUGUAUUCAAAUACAAAUUUCUGGCACAAAAACUUCUACCAGUUUGUAACUUUUGUUUGGGGUUGUGGGGGGAGGGGGGUUAGGUGACAGCAUUUUUUAGUGACAAAUGCCUUAUUGAGUUUAGACCAUGUGUUUGUAGUCUGUUUUAAGUAAAUUUAUAAUACAUGAACUUCAUUUAUUUAAAAAUAUAGCAAUUUGUUCAUUCACAAUCUUGGGAGAUCUUCUAGAAGAGGCUGAAGAUGCUCUAAAUCUAGAUUAGGACUGUUUGUUUAGUUUUUAAUAGUUGACCUCUGAUGAUGCAAAGGGUCUUUUAUAUUAUUUGUCAAGUAUGAUUUUAAAAUGCUGAGGUUUAGCUGCUAUUCUUUCCAUUCAAAGUAAACAGAUAGUUAAGGUGUCCUAGGGCAAUAGGUGGAUGGGAAUAUGUAUCCAUGUUGUGAAACCAAAUGCAGCAUUUUUGCUGUGUGAUACAAAGAAAGCAUCUUUCUUUUAGAUACCAUGGUUUCAUUUCUAUGAUGAAAUUUAAUUGGUGCCUCAAUUUGAGACAUGAAACUAAAGGUUUGGAAAAUAUUUCACAACCUGAAAGAUGUUUGUUUUUUGUGUCUUGAUGGUUGGAUUUUUGCUAUUUAAAAGCAAUACCCAUGUUUGGAGAGAUGAAAUUUAUGUUGCUCAGAUCAGAGGAAUAUUUUAAUACAAAAUCUGUACUCUCUAAAUAAGGCUAUUGCCAGUUUAAUUUUGUUUUUAUAUAGAUUUAAUUAUUUUGGUUUUAAACCUUAGUGCCACUACAAAUGCUGAUUUCUGUACAUGUGCAAAGAUGUGUUGUAUGUGCUGUUGCCUUCCACCCUGCACGUAUUUAUGGUUCUUUCAAUACUGUGUAUGUAAUGUGCUGGAAUAAAGUGCACAAAAUAUUCAGCAUUA